UGUGACACACAGACUUCGAACCUGCCAUCCAUGGUGUCUCCAUGGCAUGGAGCCUUGCUUGACAUGUGCAGCUGGCCAGGAGAAGGUUGUUGAGUUUCCACUGCAAAGGCACAGGCUUGCAAGAAAUGCUAGCAAGCGAGCCCAAGGCUGGUCAGUUUCAGGUUUUCCACACUGCUUUGCCAUUGUCUUUGCAUCCAAUCCUUGGGGCUGGUCGAUUGGAUCGAUUCCAUGGCUGCCUAAACCUCGAGUCCACAAGGUGAGCGUCGAGAGGACGGUGAGCGCUCAACUGCAGGACUUGCAGGACAUACAGUACAUUGGUAGGACAUCGAUAGGAUCACCAAAACAAGACUUCCGCAUGAUACUGGACACGGGCUCCUCAGACCUUUGGGUAUCGGCAGAGAGGUAUUCAAGGGGACUGUCGGACACGUGGCAGCUCGUCUCGAAGCAGCCAGUGGAGCUUGAAUAUGGACAAGGAUUGGUCAGAGGAUUGCUCGGCGUUGACCGUGCUUGCUUGCUCACACAGCCCCAGCCACUUUGUGUCAACCAGGAGUUUCUGGUGGCAAGUUCAGUCCAAGAUCUGGACCUGAGCACCUUCGAUGGUCUCCUUGGAUUGGGAUUGCCUGGUCUCUCCCAUGUGCGACAGGAUUUCUUGCAGUCUCUGGUCAAAGCGGGCUUUGGGAACGGCCACUUAUGCUUUUCCUUUUCGCUGAAGCGAGAGGCAGAUGCAUCAUUUGCAGUCUUUGGUCCAUGCUCAGAAAUUCUUCGCAGGGCAGCGGAAGAAACUGGUCUUCCUCCUGGAAGGGCUCCGCACUUUUGGGUGCAGCAACUCUUUGGCACUUCCCAGACUGGUUGGUGGCUGAUCUCUGUGGGGAUCUCCUGCAACGGAACGCGCUUUUGGCAGGGACCUGAUAUGCUUGCCAUUGGUAUGUGUGAAAUUAGCGCGUUGAUGCUCUUCUUCGCGUUCUUCCAACAAAGCAGGCUUCGGGAACUUCCUUGGAAACCGUCAAGUUCGAUAGGCCGUUGCCAAAAGUGCCUCCGCGCUUGUUGCCAGUUCACCUGGGACAUGUGUCAGGCGCUCAUGCUCAUUUUUGUGUUGACCUGCGCCUUUGUGAUCAUUGUCACAGUCGCUAUUGACACAUUUCGAUCGGAGGUGAUUGCAGCUUUGGACACUGGCACGUCUUUCAUUGUAAUCCCCAAAGACGACUUUGCGCAAGCUUCGACUGCCAUGUUUGGCUCGCGGCUCAAAGAAAGCUGCGUUGUGCAGAGAAGCGAACUGCUGUGCGCUUGUGCUAUAGCUGCGGAGGCAAGCCCGUUGGACGUCCACACUGACGGAGUCCUGAUUCGAUUGGAACCCCAGCACAUGUUUGAAGUCGUGGAUAAUGAGCUCGUGAACGGAGACCAGCAGGCCUGCCGAACUGGUUUUGCUACGCAGGCAGUCGACUUCUGGAUCUUGGGCGAUUCAUUUCUCAGGCAUGCGGUGGUGGUCCACGACCUGCGGGGUAAUGUCUCAAUCUUCCCACGGCAUCAGGUCAAGCCAGAUACAGUGGAGCCUGUCUCUGAAUGGGAAUCAUCGACAUACUUCCUGGGACCAUUGCUGUUGUUGGCUGCGGUCCUUCCCUGCUGUAUGCUGAGUAGGCUGGCUCAUCUGCAAUUUGCUGGCCUGCUAGGUGAUGGUGGUGAUGGUGGUGAUCGUUUGAGUGAGCCUUUGCUUUCGUAA